AUGGGCCAGGACGAGCGAUGCAUCGUAUGCGGCUAUGCGGAUGGCGCGGUUGUAGCGUACGCUCUUCAUUUUGGUGUUGCUGAUGGCUGCAAGAGUCUGGUGGGUCUCGAUAAGCAGGCACGCGAACGCGAGCGUGCUGCUCUUGCGCAGGCCACUAAGCGCGACUUGCUGCGAAACAAGAGACGGGAGGAGCUCCUUCCUGCCUUUAUGCGUGGCAAUGGUGGUGCUGAGGGCUCUCUGUGGUCACGACAAGGUAAGGCAGGAAUGCCCGAUGAGCCGUACAUUACGCACAUGCAGGAGCGGUUUGCCUUGCUGAAGCAGAGUUGCGUGAGUGGAGACGAAAAGGUAAUCUGUUGGACUUGGUUUGAGCGAGUUGGAGAAUCAUGGAGUCGACUGGGUUUCCAACGUCCGGACCCGACGACAGACUUCCGUGCUGGCGGCAUGUUGAGUCUGGAUUGUUUGGUAUAUUUCGCGUCGCAUUAUACUACACAAGCUGUGCGCAUGGUGACGAGUCAGGUGCCUGGUUCACACGAUCAUACGUAUCCGUGGGGUCCUGCGGGUAUCAACGUGACGUGCAUGGUGGCGCGUCUGUUCUGGAAGUUUGAUGGCGAGCUUGUUCGCGACCAACAAGCCAACUGGCCAUUGUUCUAUGACACCGAGGCCUUCCAACUGCUCUUUUCAGAGGUGUUCGUGCUCUUCGACUACCUUUGGAACGAGAUGAACGCCAACUACGGCAACUUUUCCAUGGUAAUUCAAGCGACAAGCGAUCGCAUCAUGGACGUGCUGGAAGAAGCCCAGGGCGACAUCAACGUCAUAUUGAUGGAGCUGCGCUCGCAGAGUUUGUCUGUCGUUGGCAAGCAGCGACGAGCAUCGUCACGUUCGAUGGAGGAUUUUCUGACGGCGAUCAACACGAAUAUCACUGAUGCUUCGGCUGCAGUCAACGAGGGUCUUACUGCUUCAGAUGGCUCGAGUUUCCGGCCAGCUACACCUCCAAGCAAGUCGCCGCGGUCUUCGUGGUCAUUUGCGAACCGUUUGAGUGGCACGUCGGUUCCUACAACAGACACAUUGAUACCUGAUGUCAACGACCCUUUCGCUGGAAACGAUAUCCGUGGAUUCGAAGAGAAGCCGCCGUCACCGCCUCCAGUACAAAGCGAUGACCCCUUUGCGUGCUUGAUGUAA